AUGCCUACCUCAUCGACUUCUCAGAAUUUACGUGACAAAAAUAUAGCGGAACCAGAUUCACCUUCACGAACGCCCACAAAAAUAUCAACAGGCGACUCCAUAGAUUUUUCCGCGUUCUUGGCUAAAGAAUUUAACGUCAAGUCAUGGAUAAACGAAGCGUUAUCAAGUGCCACAUUGUACUCUUUGCCGGAUGAAAGUAAGGAACAGUCUCGGUCCAAUGAACAGGAAUUGUUAACAUUGGAAAGCCACGCAUCGGCAAUUGCAGAGAAGCUUCAACACCUGAAUCAAGGGGUCUCAUUUCGAUUAGAAAAUGCCGUUGAAGAGGUGAUGAAGAACAUGCCGACCAUAAUGUCCGAACUGCAAAUCAUGCAUCAGAACUCGGAAAAUUUAAAACAAGGAAUUACACUGGUCAAGUCAUCACUUGGAAACAUUGACAAUAACACCGGAAAAGCGAUCGAACGACUUAAAUACCUGGAUUUGGUUAAAACACGCAUGGAAUUAUCGAGAAAUGUAUUGAGGGAGGCCGAGAAUUGGAGUAAUCUGGAAGCCGAGGCGAGCACCAUAUUUGCUUCGCAGGAUUAUCAAAAGGCUGCCGUCAGACUGCAAGAGGCCGAAAAGAGUUUGGUUAUCUUUCUUAACACGCCGGAGUAUGAGGAAAGAAGAAAAUUGCUCACCGAAUUACAAAAUCAAUUAGAGGCAACUGUGAGUCCUCAACUCGUAGCUGCCCUUAGCCAACAUGACAUAACACAUAAAAAAUUCGUUGAACUUUGGCAAGAAUUUCUUCAAGAGUUAUUUGUGGUGCUGAACGAGGAAUAUACCUGGUGUGGGAACGUGUUUCCGGAUACCAAUGAGACUCUGAUAGCGCUGGUUGAAAAUAUUUUUAAUUCACUGAAACCUUCGUUGAGUACUCGGUUAGCCGGUCUGGUAGAACAUUAUAAUGACCAAUGCCUGCCCGAAAUUAUUAAUGCCUUCAUUGUCAGCGAAAAUUUCGGGAGACAAAUGGAAAGAGUAUUAUUCAAUCCUAUUCAAAUUGGAUCGGCUGGAAGUCGAAGUUUGACAGCAGUCAACGGAGGCGUUGGUAGCGUCACCGAGAACCUUGGCUCGAAAGUGAAUCUCAUCACAUGGGGCCAAGUAGUGUUCGAACCCUUCUUGGAAUAUCAGCAUGAUUAUUCCGAAUACGAGAAAAAAUACUUGGUGAAUAUGUUGAAGCGAACUAUUGAAGAAAAGAGGAAGACUGGAUUCGCGGACCUGGCUAGAGUUAUGUCCGAGAAUGUUGGAAAAAUAUUUUUAUUAGCCGAGAACAGUUUGCAAAGAUGUAUGGCAUUUACCCACGGAUUUUCAGGUGUCGGUAUUGUGGACGUGUUAAAUUGCUAUUUCUCGGAAUUUGUUAAGGAGUAUCAGACUUUAUUGGACCAACUGCGCGUAGAUUGUGGAUUGAAAGAAAAUAUCCGGUCAUCCGUAUCCGCCACAAGCACAUCACUGACACAGGAUUAUUUUGACUUUGAUCAGGAUAGAUUGCAACAGGAAGAUUGGUCGAAUUUCCAGAUAGGCUUGAGGUUACUGGCGACAUGUAGAUUGGCCUCGGACAGAUUGAAUACGUUUGAGGUGAUGACAAAGAUGACAUUGUCUAAUGUGCUAAAUUUAAUUGAGCAUGAUCAACUCGACGACCAUUUAGAGUGGUAUGAACGAAGAGCACAAACAAUUUCCGAUUCCAACAAACUAUUUUCGAUCGGUACACAAUCCUCGUUAUAUCUUCUCAAGCAAUCACCGUUGAAUAGCUAUCAGCUUUAUGAACUCAUGUCCAAUCUAGAAUCUCGUCAACUGUUGGAAACGUCAAUAAGGUCGAUUGGAACUUUCGUAAGGUCAUGUCAACGAUUCGUAUAUGAUACGAUAUUUUUACCGAUAGUCAAACAUUUAGUCAAUCUACCGAUGAUGGAAAUCUGGAAAGCAACGACCGAACCUGUGCAGGUGUCGCCUUUCAAUUUGGAGCUACCGACCUUUAGCUUAUCGCCAUCAGAAUAUAUUACACGGGUUGGUGAACACUUGUUGACUUUACCACAACAAUUUGAAGUUUAUGCGGAUGACAAGUCACUGGCAUUCUCCAUCAAAUCAUUACCUUAUAGUGAUGAGGUACCCAUGCAGUCGAUUGAAGUUAAAGAAGAAAUUGGAAAAAAAGACAUAGCCAGCAAGGAUGCUACUACUACUGGUACCCUGAAAGAUCCUUUGGAUGUAGAGGAGUUACAACCCGCGAUCACCAUUGCGAGCGAAGGUGGCGGUGUAACAUUACCGACUGACGAAGAUAAAAUUAAUAGUAAUCUUUCUAUGAUUUCCACAUCAUCAUCAUCACAAUUGGUUGAUCAGGAAGAAAUAUCAACCGAAGAGGUUACCCACGCAUGGAUAACCUCGGUUGCGCGAGGAACGAUGCAUGCGUUAUUGGAGAGGAUACUGGCGAUUCCACAAUUAUCGUCACAUGGCGCGCAACAGUUGUUAACCGAUCUAGGCUACCUGACGAACGUUCUGAGCGCGUUGGAUAUCUCUCUAACACGAGAAUUAUAUAUGACCGUCAAAGUAUUGGAGAUGGAUGAAGACAGGGUGUUUAAGCUGUUGCGCGGAAAGAUUAAUGUCGGUUAUGAUGGUCUAGGUGUUGUAACAGAUGGUGCUGUGAGUGUCGGCGAAGAGGGCGAGUUUACAGAUGCGGGUGAUAGAGAGAUACUAGUGAAGGUUGCUGGAGUUAGGGGUAUUAGACUAUUGAACUUUGUGUUUUAG